GAGCACUGCUGCACAGUUAUGUUGUGUGUGCCCAGGUACGAGUGGUCGAUAAGGGACAGGAGCUGCCGAUAAGGAGAGAAAGGGACAUGUCGUCAUCCGAGAUCUGCAGUGGGCAUUGUUUCCCUCCUUUGCUGUGCCCAGCCGUUGUUCACGGUUGGAUGGAACUUGGGCAGGCAGGCAGGCAGGCAGGCAGGGCAGGCACCACCAGGCAUGGCUCUAAUGUAACGGACAGAUCCCACGAGAACAAAACACAUUCCAGGUGCCACCCUGCUUCCGGUCAAGUCGGCCGGGUGACUCUGUUCACGUGGGUUGGAGGAGGAAGGCAGGCGAGGCGGGCAGGCGGGGAGCAGGCAUUCGCCCGUCCCCCCUUGGUCCCCCCUCGGUCCCCUUGAGGCUGGAGGGGCCCCCAUGUUCCACCCCAGGCUGCAGGUGCCUCCGUCUCAUCGGUCAACUGAUAAGGGACACCGCCUUCCCCAAAGCUGCGAGGUACAAGCUGACUUGUGGAAAUGUCCGCUGCCCCUAACAGCGCAUGGCCGUCGAAAGCCGCCAUUCCAGAUAGUGUUGAGAUGGUCGCCCCUUUAGUCAUUACUCCCCAGCCCCGCCUCUUCCGUCACGCCUAGCUGGCUGACCAUUCAACCAUUCCGGCAACCUGGGGGGUCGCCUUGGUCAGUCACAGGCGCCAGCCCGUCGACGCACAUACUAAGCCAACCCAUCCUACAACCUACACCUUCACUCUUCCCAUCACCAUCAUCCAUCACAGUAACCCUCCUUAGACGUAAGCUCUCGACCUCCUCCUACCUGCCCCUUUGCAUCACUUCACCACAGAGGUGCUGACGGCGCACGCCGCAUCCACAGACAGCCAGACCUAACACACCGCAUCCGGCCACAACCUCACCGACUCUAGCCACAAUGCGAUCCAAGUUCAAGGACGAGCACCCCUUUGAGAAGCGCAAGGCUGAGGCCGAGCGUAUUCGCCAGAAGUAUCUCGACCGUAUCCCAGUCAUCUGCGAAAAGGUCGAGAAGAGUGACAUCGCUACUAUCGACAAGAAGAAGUAUCUCGUACCAGCAGACUUGACCGUCGGCCAGUUCGUCUACGUCAUCCGCAAGCGCAUCAAGCUGUCCCCAGACAAGGCCAUCUUCAUCUUCGUCGACGAGGUCCUUCCACCAACAGCAGCACUCAUGUCAUCUAUCUACGAAGAGCACAAGGACGAAGACGGGUUCCUCUACAUCACUUACUCGGGCGAGAACACUUUCGGAGGCUUCGAGUCGAUCUGAUCCUGCCGGCGCAGCCUCGCACUGCCUCUUCUCGGCAGAAUGAUACCUCGACAUGACUUUUCAGGCGACUCUUGGGGCGUUUUCGGGUUGGGAUCGAUCAGUGGGGUCUGGAUGAUAUUUACGCAGAGUGUUAUUACCUCGUAGCUGAGGAGCUCGUUCCAGUCUGAGGUUCACACAGGAAGGGGUUAGAUGGCCGGCAAGAGGCGAUGGACUUGCUUUCUGCGCCACUCUGUUGUUAAUUGCGUGCGGUCCCGCCCCUCCGGUCUCACUACUUACUGAUAUUUUUCCGAAUUUGAUCGCGUUGACGACAUCCUUCUUUCUUGCUGAGCUCCCCCCUCCCCUGUGGCGCUCCAUGGCCACGGUCGGGGAUAGAUUGCGACAAGAUCCGAGCUCUUCCUCCUCCACUACUGGACGGUUAUGUGCCUCGUUGCUGCCCCUAUAGUCUAACACAAGUUUAUAUUUUACGCGUGAUUUCUUGGUCAUCACAAUUGCCGCGGCUUGGCUGGAAAGCUUCGCCCUGGUCACCGACCGAUGAUGCUUGAUCAGGUGUUUCGUGUGUAGAUUGUGG